CAGGUUGACUCAUUGUAGACAAACUAGGACCAGGUGUUAUGGAUGAACCAUGAAGGCCCAAUUGCAAGUCACAGUACUAUCGGCCAAGCUGAAGGAAAACAAAAAGAACUGGUUUGGUCCCAGUCCUUAUGUUGAGGUAGCUGUGGAUGGCCAAUCAAAGAGAACUGAGAAAUGCAACAACACACACAGUCCAAAAUGGAAGCAGCCCCUCACAGUAAUUGUGACUCCAGUCAGCAAGCUGAUCUUUCGGGUUUGGAGUCAUCAAACUCUGAAGGCAGACAUCCUGUUGGGGAUAGCAACUCUGGAGAUCAGUAAGACCCUUAAGGAUAACGACCUGAAAUUAUGUGAAGUGGUGCAGACAUUGCAGCUGUGCUCUGACAGAGACCCCCGGGAUAUUGUAGGUGACCUGUCAGUCUGUCUGGAUGGUAUGCAGGUGGAGCCAGAAGCCUUCGCACAGGCAGAGAGAGAACGACCGUCCCUUUCAAAUGGAAAAGCAAGACAAAAAAGCGACACAGGCAACAGGUCCAGCAGAGAUACUUCGCCGUCAAGUGACUCGGACGAAUGGGUCAUCGUACCUAAUGGUCAUGCUGCCAGUGCUGUCAACGGUACAGGUUCUCCCUCCAAGUCUCCAGGGGGUUCAGCUACUUCACGUCCUCCUAGACCUGCCAGACCUCCCCCUCCCAUGCCACGCAGACCUGCAGCCUCACCAACCUCUUCCAGUAGUUCAUCCCCUAGUGAGCUGAGUGAAGCCCCGGCUUCCGAUGGCUCCUCUCAAGCAUCAGCAAGCGGGUGUUCAGACCACCCGGAAGAAUCAGGUUCAGGAGCAGCAACAGCUGUGUCCUCACAGACGGCAAGUGGCCCCAAACCAGGCGCUGCUACCUCAGCAGCUCCACCAGCUCCAGCAGCUCCAGCAGCAACAGCUCCCAGAAUCGCUCCCAUGAACAAUGUCCCUUUGCCACCAGGGUGGGAGCAAAGAGUAGAUCAGAAUGGACGGGUGUAUUACGUGGACCACAUUGAGAAAAGGACAACCUGGGACAGGCCUGAGCCCCUGCCAGCAGGGUGGGAGCGAAGGGUGGAUCCAAUGGGCAGAGUGUAUUAUGUUGACCACAUAACGAGAACUACUACUUGGCAGCGGCCUACGCAGGAGUCUGUGCGUAACUACGAGGAAUGGCAGCACCAGCGCAGCCAGCUGCAGGGAGCAAUGCAGCAGUUUAACCAGAGGUUCAUUUAUGGGCUCCAAGACCAGCUUGCAGCCACAGCCACCAAAGAGUUUGACCCUCUGGGACCUCUGCCACACGGCUGGGAGAAGAGAACAGACACAAACGGCAGAGUGUAUUUUGUACAUCACCCAACUCGGACAACCCAGUGGGAGGACCCAAGGACACAAGGACUCCUGAAUGACAAGCCCCUGCCAGAGGGUUGGGAGAUGAGGUUCACUGUCGAUGGUAUUCCUUAUUUUGUUGAUCACAACAGGAGAACAACAACCUAUAUUGACCCCCGCACAGGGAAAUCCUCACUUGAAAAUGGCCCACAGAUAACCUACGUCAGGGACUUCAAAGCCAAAGUGCAAUACUUCAGAUUCUGGUGUCAGCAAUUGUCAAUGCCUCAGCAUAUUAAGAUCACCGUCUCCCGGAAAACCUUGUUUGAAGACUCGUUUCAACAGAUCAUGAGUUUUCAUCCUCAAGAUUUGAGAAGACGAUUGUGGAUCAUUUUCCCAGGAGAAGAGGGCUUGGACUACGGAGGUGUAGCCAGGGAAUGGUUCUUCUUGCUUUCUCAUGAAGUACUCAAUCCCAUGUACUGUUUGUUUGAGUAUGCUGGCAAGGAUAAUUACUGCCUUCAGAUCAACCCUGCUUCAUACAUCAACCCUGAUCACCUCAAGUACUUCAAGUUUAUAGGACGCUUCAUUGCCAUGGCCCUGUUCCACGGCAAAUUCAUCGACACAGGUUUCUCGCUGCCCUUCUACAAGCGUAUUCUGAACAAACCCCUCGCUCUUAAAGACCUGGAGUCCAUUGAUCCAGAAUUUUAUAAUUCUCUCAUUUGGAUGAAGGAUAAUAAUAUAGAGGAGUGUGGUCUGGAGAUGUUCUUCUCAGUUGACAAGGAGAUCCUUGGUGAGGUCACCACUCAUGAGCUAAAACCAGACGGAGGGAAUAUCCAAGUAACUGAGGAAAAUAAGGAAGAAUACAUCAGGUUGGUGGCAGAGUGGAGGUUGUCCAGAGGUGUGGAGGAGCAAACACAAGCCUUCUUUGAGGGCUUCAAUGAAGUUCUUCCCCAGCAGUACCUUCAGUACUUUGAUGCUAAGGAAUUAGAGGUGAUGCUUUGUGGGAUGCAGGAGAUUGACCUGGUGGACUGGCAGAGAAACACGAUCUAUAGACAUUACGCCCGGAGUAGCAAGCAAAUCCUUUGGUUCUGGCAGUUUGUGAAGGAGAUGGAUAAUGAGAAGAGGAUGAGGCUCCUGCAGUUUGUAACUGGAACCUGCCGGCUUCCUGUGGGUGGCUUCGCUGACUUGAUGGGAAGCAAUGGUCCACAGAAGUUUUGCAUCGAGAAAGUGGGCAAAGAAAACUGGCUUCCAAGAAGCCACACAUGCUUUAAUCGUCUGGAUCUCCCUCCAUAUAAGAGCUAUGAGCAGCUGAAGGAGAAACUCAUUUUUGCCAUAGAGGAGACAGAAGGAUUUGGACAGGAAUAAUAGAACAAGAGCAAGACCUGUGGAAAGGAACAGAUCCGCGGUGGGCUUGGAUUAGCUGCAUCCAUCGUAGAAAAACAGCUUAUUUCUCCCUGCAGCACUGAGAGGUUUAUAACCUGGUAGAGAUCAUCCGUCUCAAUAGCAUAUUUGUGAAAAAAUUCGAAGCUGUUUAGUCGUAUGAUUCAUAUGUUUCUUCUAUGGAACUGUGAGUCCGCUCCCUGUUUCACCUCUCACCCUUAUGAUCCUGCCUAAUCCACCUGCUCUCGCUUUGAUUCACUCAAUACUCACUGGGGACAAAGAGACGCCUUUUUCUCACUCUGUCGUGUCUGCACCUGCUCUCUGUUUGGCAAGGGCAGCCUCUGCACACGCAACUGUGAUUCUUUGCAGUAAUCAUUUCACCAGAACCAACUCGUUGGGUCUAUGCACCAAAAUAGCGUGCAAGGACAGAACAGUGUUUGCAUUUUUACUUUAAAUAUGACUAUUAAUAACUAAAAACAACAUCUGAGUACUUUGUGAUUUUGGGUCGUAGAGACUUUUUAUCUUUCUGUUCAUGAAAGGAUAAAUUAAUGGAGUUUUUUUCUCUAAUAGCUGACUGUACUGACUCCUAAAGCACAUGCAGCUUUUUUAAUUAACUUCGAUCGGUGUGAUUAUGCUAACUGCAAUAAUACUUUCUCUUGUUUUCAGGUUUUUGCCUAACUUUUAUUCUGAGUUCAAACAUUAUACUAGUUUGCACAUGGUUAUGUAAGAUUAUUGCGAUUGUUCUUAAGAAAGGCUAUUUUUAUGUGCAAUAGUUUUGUAGAGAAGACCUGCCCACGAUAGAAUCAAACGGUAAUUAAGUUUGAUUUGUUUUUCAGACAUAGUGUUCAUUAUUGAUUUAGAUUUCACCAUGAACUAGAGAGAAUUUAAAUACGUUCAAGUGUAUUGGAUGCCACUUGUUUGGAAGUAAUUUGACUGGACAAAUGUUGCCUUCACAUGGCAGUCCCUGCUGUAAAUAACAGCUCAUGAGGCUAUGUGUGGUCACCUUAUUUUCACACACAGAGACAGAAACUGUGAAGGUUUUUCUUGAUGAUUAUAAGCUGUUUACUGACGACCUGGAAGUUGAGAUGUAAUGUGUUUUAAGAGAGCGAAGGUUUGUUAUAUAAUGACUCCUACCGAAUGAUUGUAAAGAGGGGUGAUUAAUAAGAGAAACUGCAGUCCACACAGUGGCUCUGAGAGCGCAAAUCAUUUUAAACAACUUAAAGAGCUAGUGAUGUGUUUUAGUUUGUUGUGUUGAGCUCCUAAGACUGUAUAUCCAACAUGAACCAUGAGGAGGUAGAAUCAUAAAGAUUUAGUUUUUUUAAAUGAAAAAUCACAUUCAUGUAAAUACACUUCUGUAAGUAUUAAAAGAAAAAGAUAUUUCAGUACUCGUAGAUUAUCCCGGCAGCGGAGCCCUUUUAGUUGCAAGCUAGAAUGGGACGCCUUGAAGGUUUGAAUCAAAAUGAGACCAGGGGGCCCUAGUUUUAUGGGGUGUGAGGUUUUCAGAUUUCUAUAUUGGGCUUCCUGUCCUCCAAAGAUUCUGUUGACUUUAAACUUUUUAUUUUUGUCCCACGUACGGAGAAUAACAAUAGAACCAAACUCUUCAUGGAAUUUCAGCAGUGCAUCUGUAAGCCUUUUAGCAGAAGUCUCAAAAUGUUCCAUAGUGAAGGCUUUUUCAGUCAAAGUCUGUGCAUAGUUUUUAUUCCACCAUCUGAUAACACGUCAGCACACCCCACACUCAAUCUGAUGCAGUUUAGUCCAGUUGUGGAGAGUAUUUGGCAUUUAAAACAAAAAAGAGCUGCUAAGCACUGAGGAUGAUUCUGAAUUAGGAUUUUGUUCGAUUAUGAAGCAUUGAGAGCUUCAUAAUUGAAACAAAAAUCAGUUUCUCCAGCUGAUAAAGCGGCCGUAGGGUUUUUCCAAUUUUCUCCAAGUAAAUUAUACUCUGAUCUAAUACUUUUGGACCACAUAUUAAAAAGACUAUCAAAAUUCCAGGUUUGAAUCAACCCUAUUUCCUCCAUUUGUUGUUUGCUUAAAAAUGGUAACAGGAAAUUACUUAAAAGCAGGUAAUGAUGUGUGUAUUAUACAGAGAAAAAAAAACUUUUUCCAAAAACUUGAAGGAGCGAAAGUCUCAGAACAUGUGUAGAAAUAUGAGAACUGUACUUCUGUACAAUGUUUGACAUAAACUACAAACUUUACAUACAAAUUGAUUUUCAGAAUCUACUGUGACUGGAUCAUUGGACUUCACUCAGCUGAAGGGGGUUUGAUGUCAACACGCCUAUUGGCAAAACUGAAUUGUAUACACAGUAGUGUUACUGUGUACCUGUUGGGCUUCUUGUUGCUGAAUAUAAUCAGAUCAGAAUAUAUUCAAAUAACUCACAGCUUAAGUGUUGAUCGCUGUGCUUGGCCUGUGUGGUGUAGAGUUUGUGUUCCACGUUACUGAAAGCAGCAAACUUUCAGCAAUUUCCCUUUAAUUCGCUCUUCAAAAGAAGAAAAAGAACAGAUUUUUAGAAUUCACCUGUGACUCUGUUUCUAUAAUGCCAGUAAAGUUAAUACAUCAGAAGAUUCCGGUCGCUCCUGCUGGCCUUAUUUCCUCUUCUCUGAAUGACAGCUCGCUCACUUCACAAUUUACUGCUCCCGUCGCUCGCAUCUCUGUCCUACGCUUCAGAUCACCUCACACUUAUUCCCCUGCUGGUGGUAAAUUCAGUUUUAAAGCACAACAAAUAAUUGAUUGUGUAUCUACUGGUGUGAUGAUUUAUUAAGAGUAUGAAAUGAACCAAUGUUGACUGUUAAGUAUUUUUACAGGUUGCAAUGAACUAACAGCACAUUUACACAGAAGCUGGUUGAAUUACCCACCUCCAUUCUCAAAACCACUAUUUUCCUUAAAAAUAUAUUGAAUUAUGCAAAAAGUAUUUUAGUUUUACUGAUGAAUUGCAGCUCAUUGUUUAUAGUGUAAUCACUGUUUUAUUUUUAUUUUUUCCAAACUACUUUUUGAAGUCUGUGGGUGAAUACUAUUUAUUUGGAUUAGUCUCAUGUAACAGUGGUCUGGAUUGAUUAAGACAGAAAACAAUAAUAAAAUGUGGAG